AUUAGCCAAGCGGGAGUGAAAAAUAUCGAUAUGGCCUCGCCAAAGUUUAAGGGGAAGUGAGCAGCUGCCGUUGGUGACCAGCUGCCGGUCGAGUGGCAUUCUCUCAGGCCUUUGCAUCUGGUGGCCUGCUAACCCUGAACUUGCAUUGGAAAUCAAUACCAGUGGGUGGCCCAGUGUGCCUGGCAAUACGAUUCGCCCGGCAAACUCCGUUGGGAGAACAAAAACACACAUUCCAGCAAUCCGAAUAUCCAAAUUCCUAGCUUUGCCAGCGAUUCGAUUCGUUAAAUAAUUAAAGCCUCCAAUCCGCAAUGGAUUUUCUCGAUCCUGAGCUUCACAGCAUCGACGACGUGUGUGCCCAGUUCGAAGCGUACAAAAAGCAACGCAAGGAAGAACAAGCGGAGCUGAAGAACAAGCUGAAGACCAAGUUCAACGUGGAUGCCGAUCUUAAGGAGCUCAACUCCAACAUGGAAACCCUGCGGGUGGGGAUGCAGAAGCUCGAGCAGCGGCAGCAGUGUCAGCUGCGUCAAAGGAAACUCCUCUCUCAGUCGAGUUUCGAGGCCAUUGAGCCAGCUCCAGCGGGUGAAGUUGAUUCCUCCGUAAAGGACGAAGACAAUGAGCCGGAAAAACUUUUGAUUAAAUGCGGAGUGAGCAAGUGCCUCUUCGAGAAUUGCCAAAAGCACGUGGACAGCCAGCUGCUUAUGGUGCACUACCUCUGCGAACACGACGACAAGUAUGCCUCCUUUCAGCGCUUUCAGCCACUGGUGGAGGGUGAGCGUGUUGUGCUCUCCUUCCAGCCGCAGAGCUGUGAGUUUCGGGUGAACCAGGUGUUGGGACUCCUGGCUUACGGUGGCCAGCUGGAGCAGAAGUUUCUGAUGUCACGGAGACCACGGGAUCCGGAGCAGCAUUUGCAGCUGGAACCCCACAUGCCGGUGGUGGUGCUCAUCUGCCGUACAGCGACACACGCUGCUCUGAAGGAUAAGCUUCCGACACGAAGUGUGCGGUUAUCGGAUACUCUAAGGGAUCAGGUGUAUGUGAUUUGGCUGGUGACACCUGGCGACCGGCUGCAGCUAAACGCCACGUUGUGUCUGUGCGGGAGAGAUGCUGCUGUGCGGGCAGCGUACGUGGUGGGUGUUCGAAAGGUGAAUCAUAGCCAAGACACGAGCCGCUUCAUGGCUGUUGACGCCAACUACUGGCGACUGACGUACGCCGAAGUGGAUCGACUCUCAAAUAACUUCCGCGACGAACUGCACCUAGAGGUUUCGCUCACGGAGUCCCCAGCUCCACUGGGUGGAAUGUAACCGCUUCCU